UUCGAUGGACCCGUUCCCAUCAGUCUAAACGUGGUGGUAUCUUGACAACACUAAAUAUCGAUAGACAGUUGUUUACAGAUUUCCCGAAAUCAUUUUCAAAGCAACUUUUUGAUGUUCAUUCCAAAUUGCCUUUAACUUUAAUUUGAUUUGUUUGGUAUUUAGAUAAGAAUACUAUGGAUUCGUCACAAAGCCAAUCGCAAAACGAGGGGUUGGCCAGAGACGCUCGCAUUUUGUGUCUGCAAAAUCUGAUCGAUAAGAAUAUUGAGAUAGAGCAACAGAUCGAAGACAAUACCUUUGGCCAGUCUAUUGCGGCCAUAGAGGAAAUCAUUCGAACAGCCAACGAUAUCAGCGAGGGACACGACGCCCUCCGUACAAACUCCACGGAACUUGUCCUGGACACGGAGUUACUGCGACGCAAUCACGAAGUUGUGGGAAAGGCUAUCCAACAUAACACCAACUUCACGGACCGAAUGCUGGUCACGGCGAUCAACGAUUUGGUUUUCAAAGAGAACGAAGAGGAUUGGGAUGCUGUAUGUUCAUUGGCUAUUCAGUUCGGCAGUCCGCUCUUCACCAAUGAUAGUAUGCUGCCCUUCAUAGAUGUUACUCCAAAGGAGGUGGUUCAAAAGCAACGUGCUCCCCGCAAACAGAAAUCUCAAGUAACAGAGAAGCGUCCCGAAAAGAGUGACCAAUUGGAACGCAAGGACGAAGGAGCAGCGUCCGUCACCCACAUGAUGAAGCAAAUAAGACAAAUAUAUCGAGAGGGCAAUCAAGAGCCAAUCCCGUAUUUUAAAUUAAUUUGCCAUCCAGACAACUUUAUGGAAACCGUUCAGAACGCCUUGCAACUUUCCUUUCUUGUCAAGGAGAACUAUAUUUCCAUUGAAAAUGGCGAGGAUGGUUUGCCGUUGGUCCGCGUUGUGAAUUCAAGAUCAGUCGAAGAAAACGAACCGGCCCAGGCAAUUUGCUCCAUCGAUGUUUCCUUUUGUGAGAAAAUGGUAGAUCACUACAACAUACGUGAGCCAAUGUUGAAAAGACUUCCAGUUAGUGAAAGCUAGAUAUAUUAAUAGUGUAUAAUGUUAUUAAUAAAACACACAGAAAGUUUAAAGUUG